UAGAUGAAAUAAGCCUCACGUAGCAAUUAAGCAAUUCCAUUUUUUGUAGACCAAAUUCGACACUCUCUUUGACCUCUAUACUAAAACUCCUCGCUGAGUGAGCGGAAAAAACGAAACAUCGCCACCUGCUGGAGAAGAUAGAUUUCGUGCCCAGUUAUCCCUCUCGCAUCGCCUCUUCCUCAUAUUGCCGUUCUUCAUGUACAGCUAGCAUUAAUUUCCCUCGUCGUGGUUCAAACUAACCUGCUGCAUCGACUUCAACAUCAACAUCAUGCAUCGACUUCAACACUUGGCAAAUAGAUCAUUGAUUGCUGGUGUUUUUGACCAGUCUCCAGCCCUUGUGCGGACAAAGGCUCGGGAGACCGCAUGUUUAGUGCAGUCCAUACGACUCAAAACACAAGGACCGGUUGAACAGUAUGGACUGAAGCGAUUCAGUACAGCUGAGGCAACCGUGAUUUUGAGAGAGAACGGCAAGAUGCGAGAAAAGACUCUGACCAUGGACACCCUCAAUCCGCAGGUGAAAGCGGUGGAGUACGCUGUGAGAGGACCCAUUGUCACGAAGGCUGGGGACAUCGAGAGAGGCUUGCAGCAGGGUCAGAAACAUCCCUUCACUGAGGUCAUCAAAGCCAACAUUGGAGAUUCACAUGCCAUGGGGCAGAAGCCAAUCACGUUUCUCCGUCAGGUGGUGGCUCUCUGCUCAUUCCCAGAGCUGUUGAACAGCCCUAGUUUCCCAGAGGAUGCCAAACAACGUGCCCGUCGCAUUCUACAGGGCUGCGGGGGACAGAGCUUGGGGUCGUACAGUGCCAGCCAGGGAGUGGACUGUAUUCGGCAGGACGUUGCUGUCUACAUAGAGCAACGGGAUAAGGGCGUGCCUGCCGACUGGGACAAUAUUUACCUAACCACCGGAGCCAGUGAUGGCAUCGUGAGCAUCUUGAAAAUGCUGGUGUCGGGCCAGGGCCGGUCCAGGAGUGGUGUGAUGAUCCCCAUCCCUCAGUACCCCCUGUACUCUGCAGCCAUCUCUGAGUUGGAGGCCGUUCAGAUCAACUACUACCUGGACGAGGACAACUGCUGGGCCCUGGAUAUCAACGAGCUCCACAGAGCCUACCAGGCUGCCAAGGAGCACUGUCAUCCCAGAGUCAUCUGCAUCAUUAAUCCAGGCAACCCUACCGGUCAAGUGCAGAGUAGGAAGUGCAUCGAGGACGUCCUCCACUUUGCAUACGAGGAGAAUCUGUUUGUUAUGUCCGAUGAGGUGUAUCAGGACAACGUGUACUCCCCAGACCUUCAGUUCCACUCCUUUAAGAAGGUGCUCUACGAGAUGGGCCCAGAGUACUUCAACACUGUCGAGCUGGCCUCAUUUCACUCCACCUCCAAAGGAUACUCAGGAGAGUGUGGGUUCAGAGGGGGAUAUAUGGAGGUUCUCAACCUCGACCUGGCGGUCAAGGCCCAGCUGGUGAAGCUGCUCUCUGUGAGGCUGUGUCCCCCUGUCUCUGGACAGGCUGCCAUGGAUGUCAUCGUCAACCCUCCUCGGCCACACGAACCCUCCUACCUCCAGUUCCACAAGGAGAAGAGCGCUGUGCUUGGAGCUCUGGCUGAGAAGGCCCAGGUGACCGAGCAGACCCUCAACACGGUGCCUGGGAUCAAAUGUAACCCUGUGCAGGGAGCCAUGUACGCCUUCCCACGCAUCUUCAUCCCCCCACGAGCUGUGGAGGAGGCCAAGUCCCUGGGAAUGUCUCCUGACAUGAUGUACUGUCUGAGACUGCUUGAGGAGACUGGCAUCUGCCUUGUUCCAGGCAGUGGCUUCGGCCAGAGGGAAGGGACCUAUCACUUCAGAAUGACCAUUCUGCCCACGACAGAGAAGCUGAAGGUGCUCCUGGAGAAGCUCCGGGAUUUCCACAUCAAGUUUCUGAAGGAGUACGCGUCACUGGAGGAACCAAAGAGAUGAGAGUCCAGAGGAUGACACUCGGGACUCACUAGAACAGUUCAGAUAGUCCCCGUUUGAGAACAUUUAACACGCGUAAACAAAAACAGCGUUUACAGAGGUAUCGACUAACGCUAAUGUAAAGAAAGUAAACCCUUUUUUUAACUCUACUAGUGUAACCUAUGAGUUCUUGACGUUUUAUCUGAUUUUAGGAACAGUACUUGUGUUUUUAGAGACAUUGUGCCUUUGUCAGACGAGGUAAAAGUGUGGGGAGAAACGAUGCCGUCUGUACAGAGAUGUUAAAGGGGCAAUCUGCAGUUGCCACCAACAUUUUAGGACUUAUAAAUGAAAUUGUAAAUCGAUGUACCCAUUUGAUUCUUGAAGAAUACAACUUGGGCAUGCCUCAUAAGCUGUCGUACCCGAUCAGAACCCAAAAUAUAAGCUUCGUAAAUGUAAACAAACACUAUAUAGCCUUAACAUGGUUAAAACUAAUGUUGAUAUCAUGGAUGAUCAGUCCUUGCAUCCAUAGCUCUGGCUAUGAAUUUGGUUACAAUUGUCCAAUCCCAUCCCUCAGAUUUUUAUUGAAACUGGCAGUGAGGACGUUUUAUUGUAACUACAACUGAUUGCCCCUUUAACACUAAAGCAAUGUACUUUGUGAUGUACUCAAAGGUGCUCUAUUAUAGAGGACGCACUGGGAAAUGGGACACAAUGUUCUGAUGACAUUUUCUCUAGCACUCCAUUUACUUGUUUUUGUGCCCGAGAAGUUUACACCGUUUUGUAUUUUCUAUCCGUCUUGAGUCUUUUCUGUCUCCUUAAGAGGCAUUUUGUGUGAGAGCUCGACGCAAUGGGGCACUGUAAGUGCAAAUAUGAUCUUCGAACCAGCUGUACCUUUUUCAGUGUGCCAAAUGGAACAGGGGUAGUUUAUGUAGGUCAUGGACUCCGGGACAAUGAGUGCUGCUACAUCAGCUCUUGUCCAAAACCCAUUUCUAACAUAACAUCCUAUCAGUACAAGUCAUACAGCUUUGAGCCUGCAUAGCUUCCUGUUGGGCACAUGUUUACCCACACAGUACGUGGCAUGCGUGACACUGAUCUGAGGUGUCUGUUGCACUUGGAUAGUGGUGGCUUUAUGGCUGUCAUUCACAUUUGUAUCACAACUGAGAAAGUGAGUACGGUUACAUCUCAGAUGGUGGGUUGAAUGCACUUUGUUUUUUUGUUUGUAAAAUGUUUGUGGGAAACCUUCUGCCCGUAUCUAUCUUUCUGCAAACUGCAGGAAAUGUCAUUGUGAAGUGAAACACUACAAUUUCAUUUUUUUGUAGGUGGGAGAUGGGCGCAGUGACCCACAUAAGGCUGUCUAAAAGCUUCAGUUAAACCAAUGAAUUCAGGCAACUUUUAUUCUGACACCAAAACAUCUCAUUUCUAUUUUUGUAUGCAAUUUAAUGCUGAAUGACCUUGGCAGCCAUUCAAUGUAUGAAACUCGACUGACCUCAAAACAUGAAUUGUUUUUAACCAUUUGACAGCAAUGAGGUACCUUCAAUGGCGACAAGCUAUAAUUUACAUUGAGUGGUUUUUGAGAAUGUUUUUUUUUUUAUGCACAUUUUCUGCUAAAUGUUUGUUUUCAUUUGUUUGCCUGGUUUGUAUUCAUCAUUCUUCAUGAGCUGAAAGUUAACUGCAACUGGAAAAGGUUUUGGGUUCAACAUCAAUGUGCUUAUAAAUAUCAUUUGAAGUAGGAAGUUUACAUACCGUAGCCAAAUAUAUUUAAACUUAGUUUCACAAUUCCUGACAUUUAAUUAAAGUAAAAAUUCCCCAUCUUAGGUCAGUUAGGAUCACCACUUUAUUUUAAGAAUGUGAAAUGUCAGAGUAAUAGUAGAGGGAAUUAUUUCUUUCAUCGCAUUCCCAGUGGGUCAGAGGUUUACAUACACUCAAUUAGUAUGCAUUGCCUUUAAAUUGUUAAUUUUAGCCCAUUCCUCCUGACAGAGCUGGUGUAACGGAGUCAGGUUUGUAGGCCUCCUUGCUCGCACACACUUUUUCAGUUCUGCCCACACAUUUUAUAUAGGAUUGAGGUCAGGGCUUUGUGUUGGCCACUCCAAUACCUUGACUUUGUUGUCCUUAAAGCCAUUUUGCCACAACUUUGGAAGUAUGCUUGGGGUCAUUGUCCAUUUGGAAGACCCAUUUGCAACCAUGCUUUAACUUCCUGAUUGAUGUCUUGAGAUGUUGCUUCAAUAUAUACACAUCAUUUUCUUCCACAAAAUAGAUGGCAUCAUGAGGAAGUGCACCAGUUCCUCCUGCAGCAAAGCACCCCCACAACAAUGAUGCUGCCAACCCCCAUGCCUCUCGGUUGGGAUGGUGUUCUUCGGCUUGCAAGCCUCCCCCUUUUUCCUCUAAACAUAACGAUGGUCAUUAUGGCCAAACAGUUCUAUUUUAAGUUUCAUCGGACCAGAGGACAUUUCCCCAAAAAGUACGAUCUUUGUCCCCAUGUGCAGUUGCAAACCGUAGUCUGGCUUUUUAAUGGCAGUUUUGGAGCAGUGGUUUCUACCUUGCUGAGCAGCCUUUAAGGUUAUGUCGAUAUAGGACUCAUUUUACUGUGGCUAUAGAUACUUCUAUACCGGUUUCCUCCAGCAUCUUCACAUGGUCCUUUGCUGUUGUUCGGAUUGAUUUGCACUUUUCACACCAAAGUACGUUCAUCUCAAGGAGACACAACACGUCUCCUUCCGGAGUGGUAUGACAGCUGCGUGGUCCCAUGGUGUUUAUACUUGUGUACUAUUGUUUGUACAGAUGAACGUGGUACCUUCAGGCAUUUGGAAAUUACUCCCAAGGAUGAACCAGACUUGUGGAGGUCUACAAUUUUUGUUUCUGAGGUCUUGGCUGAUUUCUUUAGAUUUUCCCAUGAUGUCAAGCAAAGAGGCAAUGAGUUUGAAGGUAGGCCUUGAAAUACAUCUACAGGUACACCUCCAAUUCACUCAAAUGAGGUCAAUUAGCCUAUCAGAAGCUUCAAAGCCAUGACAUAGUUUUCUGGAAUUUUCCAAGCUGUUUAAAGACACAAUCAACUUGGUGAACAACAAGUUUUAAUGACUCCAACCUAAGUGUAUGUAAACUUCCGACUUCAACUGUCGUUUCUAACUGAAAUAAGGCUGUUAACCCCUGUUUUUUCUUGUUUUGGAUAUGCAUCAUUUUUUUCAUAAUUCCAAAUUUGCAUUUUUUAUUUCUGUUUUGUACAAUAAAUACUUUUGAGAUCCA